GCUACUUCGUCCUGCCGUUGGUGGUCUGUGCAGCUUUGCUGCACCCCGUGGUGGCCUGGCUGCUGCCGAGGCAGCGGACGCCGCUGCAGGAGGCGCGCCGGGAGUACCUCAGCGAGCUCAGCUCGUUCAGCCCAGCAACCAUUCCUGCUGCCGAAGACCAGGACCACCCCCGGAACCAAGGACUGUCCAUGCACGCUUUGCAGCAUUUCUGGGAACACUUCAAGCGCUUCGUUCUCGAGAGAAACAUGCACUUUGUCGUGGCCAACAUCGUGGAGCCGCUCACGGAGAAGCGACAGACAUCUUUCGUAAGCCUCCUGCAGGGCAAGCCAGUGUCAUACUUUGUUUCGCACAGCUGGGCCACCCCUUUUCAGCACUUUGUCCAGUGCCUGCAGCGCCACACAGCCUUUACGGGCGCCUUGGAACCCACUUACUGGAUAUGCUCCUUCGCCAACAACCAGUGGGACAUUGCCAAGGAGAUCGGGACCGACGUCCUUGACAGCGCCUUUGCCAAGGUCCUCCAAUCCGGCGUGCAGGGCGUGGUCAUGGUGCUGGACCAGCAGGUCCAGCCCCUUACACGCGUGUGGUGCCUUUUCGAGUUUUUGCUUUCAAGUCAGCUCCAGCUCGAUGUGGUCUUUGCAACGGAUCUCGGUGUGCUAGGCGACCAAGGCGCUUCCCCAGACAUUGCCCUGCAAAUUGGUCGGAAGCUGCGGACCCUUCAGGUGGCAAACUGUCAUGCGUCUGCCGAGGAGGAUAAGCAGAGGAUCUUUCAGUUUAUACGAUGCAGGAUGGGAAGCCUUGCAAAUAUGGACAUCCAAAUUAGACAGCAGAUGAGCCGAAUUCUGCAGCACCUGGAGCUAGAGACAUGCAUACCUGGGAGUUCACACGUCGCAUGUCGUUGCUUAGGGUUGGCGCAUGCUCUGUUUGCUGUGUACUUCAUCUGA